UACGUGCCAUCAUCCUCGUCUCAGCUGCAGUUAAAGGCUCAGCACUGACGGGACGCUGUGUAGAAACUCACUUGCUUCUCUCUCAGCGUGACCGCCGCUACAGCUCAGAAAAUGGUGACUGGAGGAUUUGUGCAGAUGCUCAGGAAGAGAAAAGAGCUCAUCCCUCUGAUCGGCUUCAUGGCGUUCGCGGCCACUGGAGCCACCUCGGCCUGCAUCUACUUCCUGUUUACCAAACCCGAUGUCAUCUUGAACAAAACCUCGAACCCUGAGCCCUGGGAAAGACUCGACCCCACAAAGCCACAAAAGCUCAUCACCAUUAAUCAGCAGUGGAAGCCGGUGGAGGAGCUGGAGAUUGUGAAGAAACUGACCAAAUAAAAUGUUCAUCUCAUUAUAAUAAUAUAAACUGUAUGUGUGUGUGUGUGUGUGUGUGUGUGUGUGUGUGUGUAAAACUAUAUCUACUGAUGAUGGAUCUAUAAAUUCCUGCUGUGUACUGUAUCAGAGCUGCAGUCAGGUCAUGUACUGGGUGUAUUUUUUCUAUUUAUUGUACAUUACAGAUGAAUGUAUCACUGAGCUUUAAUCACAGCACUGACCACUGACCACUGAGGCUGCUGAUCUGGUCAUGUGAUUCCUCAUGUCAUGAUUAAUGUGAAGAUUAUAACCACAUGAAUCUCUGGGACUCUGCCCUGGAAGAGAAAUUGUGAAUAAAAUCAAACUGAAUGAAAAGUAAA